CAUCAUUCGGUUAAAUGAUGAAUAUGCAAGAUACACUAGCAAGAUUUAGCAUCAGGGCAACCUUCUGAGUGGCAGGAUACAAGCCAAUUCUAUGAUUUGUGGACCGAAAACAAGACAACAUUCCUUCACUGGUCCAGAAAGUAUGCUACCAACUAGCGUUGCAAUACUACCAAGACUAUUACUUCGUCAUGGAUAGUGGUGCUAUAGUUGAGGAUGUAGCACUGAUAGAGCACGAUGACAUUAUUUUUAUGCAACGGACCAACAACAAUACCAUCCAAUACUCACUGAUGAGUGAGAUGUAUGCUCGAAAUCAACAAAUGAUGAGGCAGUAUUUGGCUUACUCUCCAAGUACACAAUAUCCUGCUUUCCAGUCAUAUGGCUAUCCUCAGCAAUAUGUCCAACCAAGUCCUAAUUUUACAUACUGUGGUCAGAAUUAUGGUCAAAAUCCUAACACAGAAAUGGACUGAUUACAACUUGAUCCGAUUGAUAUAAAAGCUGAGCCUAUCAGUACUAAGGAAGCCUCUGAAAAGCCAGCCUCGGCUGAUCCAUAUACUGCAAAAAUUCCUUCAGAAUAUAAUUCAAAGAAAGAUUUAGAGAGGUCCUCUUCCAAUUUUGAAGAGGUGAACACCUCUUCAGUCAAGAAGGAGCCCGCUCUCAAUGAUUUUAAUGAUAAUUUUAUUAAAGCUGAAGGUAAUGAAGCCAGAGGCUUCAUUCCUUCUGAGUUUAAGAAUUUUACCACCAUAGUUCCAAAGAACGAAAAUGACAUUGAAGAUGGCUCAGCCUAUUAUUGUGACUUGCUAGAACUUCAGAACCAGAAGUUCUAUGACAGAGACGAUAUGAUCGAACGUGUUAGAGAAGUUGCUGUCCGCAACGGAUUCAACAUCUGAAUUCCUCGAGGUGACAUUACUCUGAAUGAUGGAACUCAGCAGACAACUCUUUACUGAGAUAAGUACGGCACUAAGCGCAAGAGAAGUCCUGAUGGAAAGGAGAGGUACUCCAAAAAGACUGGAUGCAAAUGGAAAAUCAAAUUUCAAAAGAGAGCAGGGACCAAAUACUAUGAAAUGAUAAAGACGAACACAAAUAUGCACAAUCAUCCAAAGAACGACAAUAUUUCAAGAAAGAAGAGGAGUAACAAACUUCAAGGAAAGCGGAGUCAUGUGGGAUAUCAGAAGAUGCUAGCUAUGAAGAAGCUUGAGGAGGAGCAAAAUAACAUGAUGCAUCAUAUCCACCAACAGAAGAUGCAGAGUCUUCUUCCUCAUCAGGUCUCCACCGGGAUGGGUCAACAAGGUCGCUUAGUGCCUGUCAAUCAUAAAGAAAAGGAAGAAUACAUUUACCUAAAGAAAAUAGAAAACCCAGAAGACUCUUUGUUAAACAAGUUCAAGAGUUACAAAGACUUAGCUGUUAACUCGACUAGUGAUUCUGAUGGGGAAUCACCUUUUGAGCUGAAAGAUCCACAUUCCUACUCUAAGAAGGAUAUUUCCAACCUCGAACUGGACGAGGUCGAGACCAAUGAUAAUUCUUAUACUUUCAGGGAUCUCCCGGAUGAUCGGCGGCGAUCAUUUUCUUAA